AUGCUCUUCAACCGCCCCCUUUUCCAAGCUGUCACCAAGGCCUCCACUCGUCUUGCCGGUAUCCCCGUUCAUCAAAAUCCUCGCCCUCAUUUGAUCCAAACCUACAACACCACACUUGAGGCAUUGACCCGCAUUCCCAGCACUGCCGUUUACAGACAAGCUACCGAAGCUUUAACCCAACAACGCUUGUCUAUCGUCGAAUCAACCGAGAACAUUGAAGAGAUUGAAUCAAAGAUCAAUGUUGGUCAAAUUGAAGAAGUCAUCAUUCAAGCUGAAGAGGAAUUAAAGAUGGUUGCAAAGAUUGAGGAGUGGAAGGCUUGGGAGCCUCUUGAGGUGCCUAUUCCCAAGGGUCAAUGGGUUUAUCCUACCAAGGAUUAA